AUGCUAAUGGAGAAUCAAACCACACUGACUGAAUUUACUCUCCUGGGUCUUUCCAAUGAGCCACACCUCCAGAUUUUCCUCUUCCUGGUGUUUUUAGCUAUUUAUCUAAUCACUCUCUUGGGGAACAUGAUGAUAAUGCUGGUGAUAUGGGCUGACCAUCACCUUCACACCCCCAUGUACUUCUUCUUGAGUAAUUUAUCCUUUCUCGACAUCUGUUACUCCUCAGUAACAGUCCCCCAAAUGCUGGAGAGCUUCCUAGCAGAGAAGAAGACAAUUUCUGUCCAUGGGUGCAUUGCCCAGCUGUUCUUUUUCUUUUUUCUAGCUACUACGGAGUGCUACCUCCUGGCUAUCAUGGCUUAUGACAGAUACACUGCCAUAUGUGAGCCACUGAAUUACUUGAAAAUGAUGAGUGAACCGGUCUGUAUGUGGAUGGCAGGUGGCGCGUGGAUAGCUGGCUUGCUAAAUUCCCUUGUCAACACUCUCCUUGUAACUGACUUACACUUCUGUGGGCAAAAGGAAAUUAACCAUUUCUGCUGUGAGCUUCCGGUUCUAUUACCACUUUCUUGCACUGACACGUUCAUCAAUGAAAUGGUGCUGUUUGCCUUCACUAUAAUUUUAGGGAUGCUCUCCCUCCUGUUAACAUUGAUCUCUUACAUGUUCAUCAUCUCCACCAUCCUGAGAAUACCUUCCAAGGAGGGAAGAUGUAAAGCUUUCUCCACAUGCACCUCCCAUCUCAUCAUUGUUGGUUUGUUCUAUGGGACCGGGCUUAUAAGCUACAUACGAACUGACUCUAGCUACUCUCUCACUCUGGAAAAGGUGGUGUCCAUCCAGUACAGUGUCUUAACUCCCAUGUUCAACCCCAUCAUCUACAGCCUGAAGAAUAAUGAAGUGAAAAGUAGUGUGUGGAGAGUGCUCAGAAAUUGCAAAUAG